AUGGCAGACUCAAAUAAAUGUAACGCCUGUUUGAAUGAAUUAGCAAACAUUCCCUCAAUAUACUGCACACGUUGUAAGGCGGGUUAUCAUCAUUCCUGCAUGAACUAUACAUUAACUGAGUAUAAGGCGCUAUCAGUUGAGUUAAAAUCUAAGUGGAUCUGCGUGCAAUGUCAAAGUAGAGAACGCAAAGGAGGCGAUAAUUCAAACACUCCGGUUCAUAACAAAACUGGCAACGCCCCGACAUCACCUCAGCUGGAGUUUGUUACGAAGCGAACGAAGUCACGCACAGGCAGCAAUUGUUCUUGUUUAACGGCCAACAACAUACGUGAUAUAAUUCGGGAAGAACUACAACUUCAUUUCACUCACAAAAUAUACCCCGAAAUACAGGAGGUACGCAUUGCGAUGUCUUCUCUCGAAGCGUCGGUAGCUCACUUCAAUGUAGAACUUGAGAAAGUGAAGGCUGAUUAUGAGGAGCAGGCGAAAAUAAUUGAUGUUUUAAAAUCAGAGACUAAGCUACUGAAAACUACCAAUGAAACGCUUUUAUCUCGCCUGGCUCAACUGGAUCGGCAUGCGCGUUCUUCUAAUGUGGAAAUUCAAUGCGUCCCUGAGAAUAAACAGGAAAAUUUGAUAAAUACCGUAGUUCAGCUGGGAAAAGUAAUCAAGUGCCCAAUCAACGACUCACAAAUUCAUUACUGCUCGCGACUAGCUAAGUUGAAUAACUCUAGUCCUCGCCCUCGCUCGAUACUGGUCAAAUUCAACAGUGCGCGACUACGCGACGAAUUCCUUGCGGCAUCUAGUAAGUUUAACAGAAACAAUCGAGAAGACAAGUUGAACACUAGCCACCUAGGUAUCGGUGGGACUAAGAAAACAGCCGUAUAUGUAGUGGAACAUCUUACACGCGAGAACAAGCACUUGCAUGCUGCAACACGUUCCAAAGCCAAAGAACUUGGGUAUAAAUUCGUUUGGGUGCGGGAUUCUAAGAUAUACAUGCGGAAGGAUGAGCAGUCAGGCCAUAUAUAUGUAAAAGACAUAGCUUUAUUAAAUAAGUUGUCAUAA